CUCUGUCUGGACAGUGCCGAUUGGCCAUGUGCUAAUCACAUGAACCCUCCCAAAGAAACCCCCCCUCCCCCCCCAAAAAAACUCUGCACAUGCUCAGUUUACUCUGUACUAUCAUCAGAUGGAUUGGAGACAGAAGAAGGGGAGGAUCAGAGAAGUCAGGAUCAAACAGCCUUUUUACACAAUGUGGAAGAUUAACCCCUUAGGUUCCACAAUGAGUAUAACAAGCAUGCUUUACUGUAUACACAGACUGAUUUUACGGUUGUGGGUUUAGCAACACUUU